GCGGCUGGCGCACUCUAAUCGUAGGGAAAAAUGGCCGCAUUUUAGUCUACACGCGAAGGGAAGCGCGCUCGCUCUCUCUCUCUCUUUUCUCUCUCCGCAGCCACUCUUUUUCUUUACUGUUUGCCAAUCGCCGUUCCUUGGAGGAUUAUCUCCUCGUGUGAGUCGUUGUCGUCCUCGCAGCCUGCCGUGAGACUAUUGUUAAACGUCGCUGCUGCAGGACAUUCUCCUCAUUUUCGCCGGGCUAGUCCCCCUCUUUUGCCGCUGCUCUAUCGCUACAGCUUUUACCUUUCUCGCUGCUGUUGCGAGGGGUAUCCGCCCGAGCAUCUUCCUCGAGGAGAGGAUCGAAAGACGACUUCAUUUAUAAGUAUAAAAAGUGAUGCGUCCCAUGCAACAGGCUCAGAUGGCCCCAAUACUCCAGCCUGUGCAGCAUCCACAUGCGCAUCGACACCGUACCCAUCAACAGUUGUUAUCAAUGGCACCACAUCAGCAACAGCAGCAUAUGCAUCAUAUGCAGCAUCCUGCCAUGCAAAACCCACGAAUGUUGAUGGGUAUAAAUUCUUCGAACGUGUAUCGCUACAUAGUAACCGUGGUAUUACUGGCUCUACUUUGCUGUUGUGAUGCACAAGUACAACGCUCUUCACUACUUGAUAGAAUAGAUAAAUUGGAAAUUUUGUUUGGACCAAGUGGGUGCAUAGAAGGCACGUUCGCAUUGGAUAACGUUGACUUAAAAGAUCAAGGAACUGCCAUUCCUAUGACUCUACAGAAUCAUCCUACAAUUCAACAGCAGCAACAGCAGCAGCCUAUUCAACACAGCACAGAACAAAAGACUGAAGAAUCUGUUGAACUGAAGGAUGAUUCAGGUCAAGCCAACGCGACCAACGCUAACUUGGCAAACACCCGAGAAAAAACGCCAAUGUGCCUGGUGAACGAGCUCGCCAGGUUUAACAAGAUUCAACAUCAAUACAGGCUGACGAAUGAGCAGGGUCCUGCCCAUAAAAAACGCUUCACCGUGACUCUUAUGCUGGGCGAGGAAGAAUACGUUGCCGAGGGGCCGAGUAUCAAAAAGGCACAACACAGUGCCGCCAGUGAAGCCCUCGCUAAAACUUGGUACAGAAAACCACCACCCAAACCCACUCGAGCUAUAAGAGUCCCUGGAAAGUGUCCAGCUGGUUCCGGAGGACACUUACCUCCGACAGUGGAGUUAAAUGCCUUGGCUAUGAAGAGAGGAGAGGCGACUGUUUAUACGUUCAGACACGCACCGCCAAGUACUACUGCCGCACCACAACCUCCAUUCAUCCCACACGGUUACGGUAACUUCCCUCGAAUGUAUAAUCCACGAUAUCCAGCAUAUAAUCGUGGCUUUCACCCGGAGCCUCAAGGCGUUUUCCUCGUAUCAUUGAAGGUAGGUGAAAGAGAAUUUAUCGGACGAGGUACGACUGGUCAAGCAGCGCGACACGAUGCAGCGAGCCGAGCAUUAGAACAACUGCGCCAGCUCCCUUUACCCGAGGAAAUCGCCAAUAAUUCAGUGACAAUAACCGAUACCGCGGGCAACAUCACUGGUGGUAUUGACGAUCCAAAUGCCGAACUCAAAAGUCCCGUAUCUUUGGUCCACGAAACUGCUUUGAAACGCGGUUUGUCCGUAAGCUUUGACGUCGUCUCCGAAACCGGCAAACCGCACAUCCGAACAUUUAUGACUAGAUGCACCGUUGGUGAGAAAGUCACUCUUGGCGAAGGAUCUUCUAAAAAGGUGUCCAAAAAACGCGCCGCCGAACUGAUGUUGGACGAAUUGAAAAAACUACCGACCGUUUCUGCGCCAAUUCAAAAUCGGACUUUGCGUUUAAAGCGUAAGCCACCCGCAACAAAAAAGAAAUCACGCAACCUCAUCAAAGUGUAUCAAGAACCACGUACUGAGUCAGACAGUUCUGAAGAAGUUAAUCCUAUCUCGCGACUUGUUCAGAUUCAACAAGCAAAGAGAGAACGAGAGCCAGUGUACAAUUUGAUUGAAGAGAAAGGCGCUCCUAGGAGACGUGAGUUUGUGAUGGAAGUGUCAGUAGGUCAACAUUUGGCACAGGGUACAGGACCUAAUAAAAAAUUAGCAAAAAGAGCUGCGGCAGAGGCGUUACUCGCUACCCUAGGAUACAGCAAGCCUCAACCUCAACCGGCUAAACCGUCCAUUAAAACUAGUUCUAGCACGGUAGGAAGCAAUGGUUCUGAGAACAAAGAGAGCGAAGGUAAAAGGAAAGUAACUUUCGUUGAAGUUGACAAUAGCAACGAAACAACGCACAGUCAUCCACCAGGAGGUUCAAUCGGACGCCAACUAGUUCCUGGAUUACUUCUAGUGGAUCACGGUAAUGAUUCCAAAGUUAUCAGUGGACCAAGCGUUCAAGUUGUUGCUGAGGAGUUACGUGGACAUCAGCAACCUCAAUCGACCGGAGUCUCGCCUAAAGAUCAACUAAAAUAUCUUGCUCAACUGCUCAAUUUUGAAGUACAAUUUAGUGAUUUUCCCAAGGGUACAUAUAAGGAGUUUCUGUCUCUUGUCUCGUUAAGCACCGAUCCACCACAAGUAUGCCACGGACAUGGACCCACGAUAAAUGCGAGUCGCGAUCAAGCUGCCCUAACCGCUCUGCGAACCCUCACCAAAAUGGGUUUAGAUAGUGUAACCAAUUCGAACAGUAAAAAAGAUAAGCCUAAUUCAUCAUCCAAUAGUGACGCAUCUGGUAUGCACGUUUUCAAUCAACAAGUCAAAAGCAACAACGUGAUCAAUGGCGCAUUGGAUAAGUGAAAUAGGAUAGGGUCUUUAUUCUUCAUUCUUAUUUUUUAACAGUUUCCUAGGCACUUACACACUAUACAAAGCUUUUCUCUUGAAUUAUUUAGUUUAUAUGCGUUUAGUGGCUGAUGUUGUAAAUUGAUCAUUUUUUGUUUACUGAAUUUUCAAUAUGUACACUCUCGGUGAUUUAUUCUACCUACCUAAGAUAUAAAUUCGCUAGGUGGAUAGAAUCAGUGAUUGGAGAUGGUACGUGCAGGAGAUAAAAUCAUUUAGUCCAAAUUAGCAUGUUUGGGCUCUAACAUGUUUUGAUAUCUAAUUACGUAAUGCAAAAAAUUUAUUUAUAAACUAAAGUAUGUCACAGCAAAAUUUCUUUCUCGCAAUAUUUAAUAAUUUUAAAGUUGUUUGAGUGAAUAUUCUUAUAAAAGUUGUAUGACAGCGGUCUAAAUUUUAUAUCGCCACCCCCUCCCCAUAAAAAAGACAGGUAGAUAUUAAUUUUUUUUGUCCUGACAAUGCAAAUGCUACUGCUUCAAAUAAUUUAAAUUCAGUUACGUAAAAGGCGAUAUAAAAGUCUUAAAACUGCGUAAAGUGAAGAUUUACUACUGCCUUACAUAUUUAUUUAAAAAAUUAUCAAUUUACAAAAAUUCAAAAGCCACUGGUGGCUUAUUUUGCCUUGAACGUCCGAUUUAUCUAUUUUGGAUGCUGUACAAUGUUGAAUAUCAAUUAUGAGAAAAUGAUUUGAAAUAUAUUAUAUAAUAAACAUUUUACAACAUCCAAUAAAAGAAACAAUUUUGAUCGAUUGUCUUAUUUUUAUGACUGAAUGACAAAGAGCAACAUGUUCUUUAUACACGUAUUAUUAUAAUAUUUAUCAUCAUUGAUGUCGUUAAAGCAAUUAUGUUUAAUAGGUGCGCAGAUUCAUUUUGCAGAAUUUCUGGCUUGAUGCGAGAAAAAAAUAUGAAAGGAUAUAAAUUUUUCGUGUAUUUUUGACAAAAAUAACAAAUAAUAAAAAAGGAAUGUAUGUUAAUGCAGCUGCGAAAUGACUUUGCAAGCAAACCUUUCUACGAUAAAGGUGAUCACUUUUGAUAAUUGUCAUUUUCUUGGCUAGUGAUCAUGUAGCGUACUUUUUAUAUAUUCGAAAUGAAAAAUAAAUCGAAAUUAUAAAUUCGUAAUAUGAAUAAAACACGGCCAAUUCUAGGCUUUAUAAAAAGGAGCAACUGAUACCUUAAUUCUGUCAUUGUCAUGAAUGUAACUUAAGCUAUGUCCAAUUACCUAAUUGACCUAAACGUAGAAUCAGUAGCUAUUAUACUUAUUUUGUGCUUUCUCUUGAAGACUUUAUUUCAAAUCUCGUUCUGCGAACGAAAAGAAAGCGCCGACAAAGUUGAAAGAAAUCUUGCUGGAGCAAAUGCGUGUAAAAAAGAGGAAGAAAAAGUAUUUACAAAAAAAGAUGAAAAAAGUCGAAAAAAACACAAAAAAAGUAAUAAUAGGUAAUUCGAUGUACAU